AUGGGUGGAGAGAAGGAGAAGACGACGGUGGAGGAGGAGCCGCUCAGCCCAUGCUCACGGCUGUUCAAUUCGCCGGACUUUAACUGUGCGAUAAUCGUCACAUUGGGAUGUAAAGUCAAAGGAAACCCACCUGCUAUCAUCGAAGGCCUUAAACACACUCUCGUUAAUCACCCUCGCUUCUCAAGCAUUUUAGACAUGAAAAAUGGGAAGAAAGGGAAACCGAGUUGGGUUCGGACAAAAGUUAGAGUAGAAGAGCAUGUGAUUGUUCCGGUUAUAGAUCCCGACACUAAAAAUCCUGAUCAGUUUCUUGAAGACUAUAUCUCUAAGUUAACGACCGUUCCUCUGGAUUUGUCUAAACCAUUAUGGGAAAUUCACAUACUCUGUCUCAAAACAUCAAACGCCGAAUCCAUUGGAAUUCUCAAGAUCCACCAUUCUUUGGGAGAUGGAAUGUCUCUCAUGUCUCUUUUCCUCGCUUGCACUCGCAAAACAUCAGAUCCUGAGGCCUUGCCUACUGUUGCGGUUCAGAAAAAACGCUUUGGACCGAGAUGCUACAGCGGUUUUUUCAACAAGAUUUGUUGGUCAUUUGUAGCGCUCUGGUUCAUUAUAAGAUUGGUCUUCAACACUUUUUUUGAUGUCUUGAUGUUUGCUCUUACAAUAUGUUUCUUGAGGGAUACGGAGACUCCUCUCUUGGCGAAAAUCAGUAGUGAACUUAACCCUAAGAGGUUCGUACACCGGAUCAUCAGCUUCGACGAUGUUAAGCUUGUGAAAAAUGCAAUGAAAAUGACGGUAAACGAUGUUCUUCUUGGAGUAACACAAGCCGGACUUUCGCGGUAUCUUAGUCGAAGAUAUGAACAAGAAGGAACAGUGAAAUCGAAAGAGUUGAUGAGGAGAAUCCGACUUCGUUCAGCCAUUAUGAUUAACUUGAGACCAAACACAGGAAUUGAGGCUCUAGCAGAUAUGAUGGCCAAGAAAUCGAAAUGCAGAUGGGGGAAUCUCUUCGGUUACAUUCUUCUACCCUUCUCGGUCGGGCUAGAGACUGAUCCUCUAGAAUAUGUGCGCCGAGCUAAAGUCACGGUUGACCGCAAAAAAGACUCCCUCGAGGCUGUAUUCUCCAUGGCCUUCUUUAAAUUGUUACUAAAAGUUCUUGGGCUCAAGGCAAGUGUAGUUCUUGUGAGGAAAGUGAUCCAUAGCACAACUUUGAGCUUUUCAAAUGUCGUCGGUCCAAAGGAAGAAAUAACCUUUCAUGGUCACCCACUAUCUUAUAUCGCCCCUAGUGUUUUUGGCCACCCACAUGCGCUUACUCUACAUUUCCAGAGUUAUGUGAACAAAAUCAUCAUAUCGGUAACGGCCGAUCCAACGGUCAUUCCUGACCCUCACAAGAUGUGUGAUGAUUUGGUCGAGUCUCUCAAGUUAAUUAAAUCCUCUGUUCUAGAAAGAGGUUUAUAUGAGAUAGAUGUCUAA